AUGGUACACACACAGACAUACACACACAUAGACAUACAUACACCGAUCGGUGCCGGGUGCACGAACCGGACACGUGGACAUGGUUGUGGUGUUUUUAGCUUCUGGAGAAGAUCUGCAUCCUUCGUCUGGCCGG